AUGUCGCAGUUUCAUCUUAUACAAAUAUUACAGAGUUUCACUAAAGAAGAAGAGGAUCAAAUACUUAGACAACCGAGAAGAAGCAAAAAUAAUACAAAAAUAACGUCAAACGCAAGUACUGAAGAGGAUUACAAAUUUCUUGAUGAUGUAGAUCGAAGUGUUCUGCCAGAUUUUUUAAUCGCUCAUAUUAUUGAUGAAACAAAAAUUGAAUUUUGGACAAAAAAUUUCAUUGGUCCAACAAUCAGUGAUUCAAAAAAAAUAAUACAUUUAAAUACAUAUUUUAUUUUAAAUCGAACAUUUCAAUAUAAUAUUAACUUGUAUCCAGAUAAACUAUACAAUUUAAUGGGUAAAAUUAUAAAAUUGGGAACUUUUGAUUAUAGACCCUUCAUUGUUGCAACAAAAAACAAUUCAGCUAAUGUACUUGAAAUAAUAAAUGCAACUGAGAGACAACCUUUAUUUUUGGAUGGCACUGAAGCUAGAUUCCUACUUUAUUUUUGUGGAAGACAUAAUUGUACAGUUGAAGUGUAUAUAGAAGAAAGUAAAGAUUGGGGUACAGCAUAUUGGAAUAUGAGCGGCGUAGGUUUGUUGGGUGCUUUAAAUAAAGGCAAAUGUGAAAUAGCAAUUGAUGCUUUGUAUUUAUGGCAUCGAGAAUAUUUGCAUUUUGAUAUUAGCAUGCCAUUAUCUAGAUCAGGUGUGACAAAUAUUGUACCAGUACCAUUACAAAAAAUACCAUUUUUCUUACCAUUGCAACCAUUUUCAUGGCAGUUAUGGAUAGCUUUACUUUUUUGUUUAAUAAUUGAAUUUUUGUCAUUGUUUUUAAGUUAUUCGCAUCAGUCUAAUGAGAGAAGUAAUCAAAUAAAGAAGGAAAGUUUUAUAUAUGGAUUUAGUGUUACAUUAAGAAUAUUUUUAUCUCAAGGAUUCAAUGAAACUCAUACAGAUUUAAUUUCAAGAACUAUUUUAUUUUCAUGUUUAAUUAUCAACUUAGUAAUUGAUGCUGUUUAUGAAGGUGGUUUGGCAAGCAUUUUAACCUUACCAAUUUUUCAAGAUCCCACAGACACAAUUGAACGGUUAGCACAACAUAAUAUGAUAUGGACUGGAACAGCUGAAAAUUGGAUAUUUUCAAUGGAAAAAUCUGAAGAUCCCUUGAUACGAAAAGUAAUUCAACUCUAUGAAAUCGAUUCAAUGGAAAAUUUAAAAAAACGUUCGUUGAACGAAAAUAUUGGUUUUGUGAUUGAAAGAUUACCUUUUGGUCAUUACUCAAUACCUGAAUAUAUAUCGAGAGAAGCAGCACAACGUUAUCACGUCAUGAAAGAGGACUUAUAUUAUGAAUAUUGCGUCGCUUUUGUGCCGAAAUUAUGGCCAUAUUUGGAGAAUUUUGAUAAAUUAAUUUUAGCACUUCAUGCAAGUGGGUUACUCGAAUAUUGGGAAUGGGAUAAUACCAGGAAAUACCUAGAUAAUUACAUACAAGAUGUCCUAAGAGAAAAUAAGAGUCUGGACGACGGUAGUAUAAGAACACUCAAUAUACAAAAUUUAAUCGGAAUAAUAUUAAUUUGGAUUGUUGGGAUUUUAUUUAGUUUUUUUAUAUUCAUUUUUGAAAUUUUCUACAAAAAAAAAUAAAAGUAGAAAAUUUAUUGCUUAAAAUCAUCUCAAAUAUUAUA